AUGGCCACCGAAUCCACACCUGAAAAACGAAGAAUCUAUCUCAAUGGCUUCGACAUGUUCACCGUUGGCCAUUUAUCCUUUGGACAAUGGAAGAACCCGACCGACCGAUCAGCGACGAAACGUCGUGACCUAUCUUACUGGACAAACCUGGCCCAAAUUCUCGAAAAGGGAGAUUUUAAUGCACUAUUCCUUGCCGAUACCUUCGGACUAUACGACACGUACAAAGGGAGCGCGGAGCCAGCAAUUCGUAAUGCAGCUCAGUAUCCAAUGGGAGAUCCUGUCAUACCCAUUUCGGCCAUGGCUUCAGUUACCAAGAAUCUCGGUUUCGCUAUUACAACUUCGACUUCAUACGAGGCGCCUUAUGUUGUGGCUAAGCGCUUUUCAACCCUUGAUCAUCUUACAGGUGGCCGAUUUGGAUGGAAUAUAGUGACCUCUUGGAAAGAAUCCGCUGCUAAAGCCGUAGGACUGCCACUCGUAGAGCAUGACAAGCGCUAUGAGAUUGCCGACGAAUAUCUCACUGUUUUAUAUAAACUCUGGGAAGGUAGUUGGGGCGAAGACGCCUUGAAAGAGGAUGCAGAAACAGGCAUCUAUACCGAUCCCAGCCGGAUAAAAUAUGUCCACCAUCACGGGGCAAAAUUCCACGUCGAUGGGCCUCACAUUCUCGACCCAUCGCCUCAACGCACUCCUUUCCUCUUUCAGGCCGGUACAUCACCGGCGGGGAUAGCCUUCGGUGCAAAGCACGCAGAAGGAAUAUUUGUAUCAGCGCCAUCCCCGAAUGUCCUCGCGCCACGGGUUAAAGAAAUCCGAGCCGCAGCCGAAAAGGCAGGACGAGAUCCCCGAUCGGUGAAAGUAUUUGCCAUUCUAACUCCGAUCCUUGGUCGAACGGAGGAGGAGGCACAAGCCAAAUACCGCGAAGCACUAUCCAAUGCCAGUGAGGAGGCCGGACUUGCAUUUUUCUCUGGAGGAAAUGGGAUCGAUCUCAGUCGAUUUGAUUUGGACACGCCUAUCACACCGUCUGAUGUGCAUGUUGAUGCGCGUGUUCACUCAUCAAUUCAUACGCUUUCGUAUCAGAAUCCCGAUGUCCCAGUUUGGACGCCGAGAAAUAUCGGGAAGCACAUAUCGAUUGGAGGUUCGGGCCCUGUUCCCGUGGGCACGGCUAGUUUUGUUGCGGAUUUUCUUGAGGAGUGGGUUCAGGUUGCGGAUUUGGAUGGGUUCAACAUUGGGUAUGUGCAGACGCCGGGGACAUUUGAAGAUGUUGUUGAGCUUCUGGUACCAGAGUUGAGAGAACGGGGUAUAUACUCGCCGCAGAAUGAAGGGGGUACCAUGCGUGAGAGAAUUUAUGGUCCUGGUCAACGAAGGUUGAGAGAUGAUCACGUCGGUAGAACCUAUCGCCAUGAAGUUUACGAUGGAAAGUAA